AUAAUAAUAGUAGUCCGGCGUCUUUGGUCUAGUCGGUCUAGUCUAGUCUCCCAAUCAUUUGUUGACACUCAUAACCUCGAAAAUCAAAACGUGAUCGGAGUGUUGAAAAGUUAAAGUUUAUUUGGAUAUAAUAAAUCGAUCACUAUUUAAAAAGUCAACUUGUCAAGAAUUCUGCUGUCAAAAAAUAACGGAAUUUCCAGCGAAGUUCCAGAGGAUUCCCAGAGGACAAAUAUCCACUAAACAAUUCACUGAAUGAACUAGAGUUCUCUUCGGAACGUGUGUUAAUAUUUUCCAAUCCCUCUGUCGUCUCCAAUAAAUUCCAAUGAAUUCCCAGGAUGUCCAGAAGCUUUCAGUCCACACAUUGGUAUUCCGAUCCUUGAAACGUUCUCACGACCUAUUUCUCCAUGACUACGGAUCCGUUCCGCCUCUGGACGAGUCCGUUGAAAAUCAGAAGAAGGCAAUAAAAGCACGAGACUCUUAUGGCCCGAUAAUGGAUCGAGUCAAGCAGAACAUUCAGACAAAGCCUCGACCCUCUGACAACGAUACUGCAGACCCUCCACCACCUGGAGACGAGUCGUUCACAGCCUCUGGCAGCACCUCGGUUGUACCUUACACCCCACCAUCGGUUCCAGUCACUUCAGCAGUCGUUCCAUCCAAUUCAUCAACGAAUGCAGUGAGUCUACCAAUCAAAAAGGCUCCCACGAUGGCCAAACCGAAAUGGCACGCUCCCUGGAAAUUGUACCGAGUCAUCAGUGGACAUCUGGGAUGGGUUCGCUGUUGUGCAGUGGAACCUGGUAAUGAGUGGUUUGCCACAGGGUCUGGGGAUAGAGUAAUAAAAAUCUGGGAUCUUGCCAGCGGAAUCCUGAAAGUCUCCCUGACUGGGCACAUCAGCAGUGUCAGAGGUCUGGCUGUCUCUCACAGGCACCCUUACUUGUUCUCAUGUGGUGAAGACAGACAGGUGAAAUGCUGGGAUUUGGAGUACAACAAAGUAAUUCGUCAUUACCAUGGACAUCUGUCAGCCGUCUACUCCAUGGCUCUUCACCCAACAAUCGACGUCCUGGUGACAGCUGGUCGAGACUCUACAGGACGUGUCUGGGACAUGCGAACAAAAGCUAAUGUUCACACUCUGGUGGGGCACACCAAUACCGUCGCGAGUGUUAUCUGUCAGGCAUCGGAGCCCCAGAUAAUCACUGGAAGCCAUGACUGUACCAUCAGAUUGUGGGAUUUGGCUGCUGGUAGGACCAGGGUGACCCUGACGAAUCACAAAAAGAGUGUGCGAUCAGUCUGUUUUCAUCCUACACAAAAUAUGUUCGCUUCGGCUUCCCCGGACAACAUCAAACAGUGGAAAUGUCCUGAUGGAACGUACAUUCAGAAUUUAUCGGGACACAAUGCUAUUGUCAAUUGUCUGGCUGUUAAUGAGGAUGGAGUACUGGUCUCGGGAGCUGAUAAUGGCACGAUGCAUCUCUGGGACUGGAGGACUGGUUAUAACUUCCAGAGACUGCAGGCUCCUGUGCAGCCUGGAUCCAUGGACAGUGAGGGGGGCAUCUUCAGCAUCACGUUUGAUAUGUCUGGGACUAGGAUGAUCACCACUGAGGCGGACAAGACGAUCAAGAUUUAUAAGGAGGACGAUACUGCCAACGAGGAGACACAUCCGGUCAAUUGGAGACCAGAUAUUAUUAAGCGAAGAAAGUAUUAAUUGGAUGAUAUUGAUUCCGAGAGUUCAUAAGACAUUUCUUUAGAGUGUUUCGGGUGUAAAUAGACAUGUAUAAUUGUAAAUAAUUUUAUAAAUAUAAGGUAUUUUUAUAAAGUACUGAAUUCUUGGAAAUUAUUCGCUGGAGAGGAGGCUGGGGUUAAGUGGAACGAUAGGGAGUUACAGAUACAGAAUGACCAUCAAAAACAAAAUCUUGAAGCGUUCAAAGUUAUUUAUAAUUAGUUGUUCGCAGUGCGGUUUCUAUAAAAAAUGAAAAUCCUAUAAUUUAGCGGUUCAUUAAAUUAAAAAAUAUAUAUUUUGAUUGAAAUAUUAGGCAUAAGAUAAGGAAAAGUGGAGAAACAUGGAACGUCUUCAAUGGCCAAUUAUUCAGAAUCUGCGUAAACGACUCAAAUCAUUUUUUAAUAAAAAAUUGAAAAUUUGUCCUCCGGGUGGAGGCGAUUUUUUUCAUACUUUCACUGCUUUAAGGGUUGCAUUGGGCUAGAAGAGGUCAAUUCAACCCGAACAUGUUCUUGACAAUAAAGUUUACGAUUGAAAAUACCUCGAAACCUGCAAAGGAAGAAAGAUCAAUAAAGUCACAUAAAUUCGCAAUUCUGGGACUGAGUCAUUUAAUUAAGAUAUUCUUUUUGUACAGAAAAAAAAAACAAUAAUAAUGAACAUAAAUUCAUUGCAAAUCACCAUCAUAUAUUAGCAUUUGAUGCGUCGUGCUAAGGUCUACGAUACUAUAAUAACGCCUAACGCUUUAACUUCAUUUUCGUUAACUCUCUGUUUUUCACUAUAGGUUUUCUCAUCGCACAUUACGAUUCAUCAUAUUGUAAAAUUGCGUUUCACAAUAAUUAUGAUCUCAUAAUCGUUCGGGAAUUGUACAUGAACGAGGGGAGGGACUUAAUGUUGUUGUUUUUUUUUAUUCUGCACUGUAUUGAAUUUAUUCAUUCACAUGAAAUACCAUAUCAAUGGGCCAAAAAUUCAGCCAUUGUUGGCGCACCUCGCAAACGUUCAUAAUCAAUAUCUUACGCAUCAUCAAUAACCAAUAAUAAUAUAUUUAUUCUAAUUUAUAUGUAUAAUAUAUAAUUUGUAUUUUCUCGUAAUAUACCACAAAUUGUUAUCAAUAUAUUACAGUACUGAUUAUGUAUAUAUUAUAGACCUAUAAAUCUAUAGAAUAUAUUUAUAUUCGUAUUUACAUAAGAAUAUAAAAAAACAAAUAAUUAAAUUAAUGUGAAUUCUUCCCCAGAGCGUGUGCCCUUGGCGCCAUAAAUUUGAAUUUAAAAAAAUCAGCGUGAAAAAAAAAUGUAUUUACUGGAACAGAAAAGAAAUAUAUCAAUAAUUAUAUGCACAGAAUGUCCCCAAGUGAUCAGCGUUUCACCAUUGAAUCAUCCCUUCGAUUGAGGUCAAUAUUUCCCCCCCAGCAGUUAAGUUUUCGCGGGAAAUUUUCACUUCGUUAAAAAAAAAAAUCGCAAAAA